GCCACGACCACCAAAUCAAGCUCUACUCCACGACCCUAUCAAUGUCCGAUGUGUUGCAAAUCGUUUUCCCGCUUGGAACAUCGUAUCCGUCAUAUUCGCACUCACACCGGGGAAAAGCCUCACGCUUGCACUUUUCCAGGAUGUGAGAAACGAUUCUCACGUUCGGAUGAAUUGACACGCCAUGCCCGCAUUCAU